AUGCAGUUCACAAGCAAGCUUUCCGUCGCUCUUCUGGCCAUCCUGGCUGCUGGUGGUGAGGCCAACCACCAGGCUCUCCAUGCUCGCAAGUUCUUCCACCCCAGCGGCUUGAACGAGACCACUCGUGCUUCCACCUCGACUGUCGUCGUCUACCCGACUCCGGUGAAAUCUUCGUCCGCUGCUGGUGGCUCGAUCUCUGCAAUCACCCCGACCCCGGUCCCUCUCAGCACUGGUACUCCUGGAUCUGGUGGCUCCUACGGCAACAAUGGUGGCCACGACCUCUUUCUCACCUACACUCUGGGUACUGGCAGCACCAAGUCAGUCGUCGCCACUACUAUCCACAAGACCUCGACUAAUGUCCACGCUGUCUACGCUUCUUCCUCUGAUGUUGUUACCACACUCCAUUCUACAUCUACCUCCACCGUUAUUGUGUUCGCUGUUUCGACUCCUGGUUAUGGCAGCUCUAAAAACGGAAACAGCUGCAACCCGGCGACUGUCACCGUCACUACUACCGUCACUAAGACUGCUUCUCCUACCGCCGUUCACAGCGGCGCCAACGAGCACUACUCUGACAACGAUGAGGAUGACAGCUGCGAUGAUGAGGACGACGACGAGUCCACCAGUGUGCCCUCUCCCACUGCUCGCCCACCCUACGGCUACGGCAACGGCACCAUUCCUUCACCCAGCGGCGCUGCGAAGCCCACUGGUUUCAAGACCAGCAAGCUGCCCUACCCCACCGGCUACCGCCGCCACUAA